AAGAGAAAGACAAAUCUGGAGGCAAAAUAUCUUGUAAAAUCACAAUUCACAUUCAGGAACCUGGACAUCAUGGUGAAACAAUUGUGGCCACUACACUACUGAUUAUAGAUCUUGGUAGACAAUUCAUGAAUUUUGAAUAUGGGUCAGUCUUCUGCUUCCUUUUUAAUUACCUGAAUACUGAAGACCCCACUAGGCUCCCCUUAUCCUGCGUGGCACCUGUUGACUCCUCAGGGAGCCACAAGUCUGGGGGAGGACCUCAAUUUCAAGGUGAUGUCAAUUUAUGAAACACUAAAUGAGACCACUGCCACGAAGUGCUUGCUCACUCUCUUUCAGCAGCAGGGGAAUCUCCCUUUCCUUUUCUGGGUGAAGCUGAAGAAAGGAUUCAUAAACGAAGUCCAAUCCUUCUCACUACCCCAGCCCACACCUCCCAGCAAUUGAACUUGAAAAAAAACCUGGUUAAAACCACUUCCUAUAUUUGAAACUAGAGAGGGCUAGGCACAAUUUCCUGGCUCACCAAAGCAGCCUAAUACUUAUAGAGAGCAACUUCGGACUGUCAUAGAGACCAGAGGGACCACAGCAUGAUGACACCCUGAGUGGAUUGAUCCUUUCAUCCCUCGUCCUCCCAGCAUGAUACAAAUAAGAGGCUGACUGGAAACUUGGCCUUCUGCAGAGAAACACCUUCUCUUCACUGCCCUCAAGAUGGAGCCAAGCCUGCUGCUGUGGGGAAUCCUCACAUUCGUCGUGGUACAUGGCCACGUGACAGAACUGUGCGAUGAAAACCCGCCAGAUAUCCAACACGCCACAUUCAAAGCCCUCACAUACAAGACGGGCACCAUGUUAAAUUGUGAAUGUAAGAAGGGCUUCCGCAGAAUAAGCAACGGGUCAGCCUUCAUGCUGUGUGCAGGAAACUCGAGCCACUCCUCCUGGGAAAACAAAUGCCGGUGCAUAAGUACCUCCCCAAGGGCCACAGAUGGACAAGUUAUCCCUAAACCUGAAGAACAGAAGGGAAAAAGCCCCAUGGGAAUGCAGAGCCAAAUGCAGCCCACGGACCAAGUUAACCUUCCAGGUCACUGCAGGGAGCCUCCGCCCUGGGAACAUGAAGAUUCGAGGAGAAUUUACCAUUUUGUGGUGGGGCAGGCAGUUCACUACCAGUGCAUGCAGGGAUUCAGGGCCCUGCACAGGGGUCCUGCCAAGAGUGUCUGCAAAAUGAUCUGUGGGAAGGCAACGUGGACACAGCCCCCGCUCCAGUGCAUAAGCGAAAGGAGUGACGGCUGGUUUCCAGAUGACGAAGAGCCUCAAGCCAGCACUGAUGCUGCUCUUGGGAGUGACACUUCCUGUCCCUCAAUAACGGCAAGUACUACAGAUUUCCAGAAACAUACGGAAGCGGCUACGACCACGGAGUCAUUCGUAUUCACAACCGAGUAUCAGAUAGCAGUGGCCGGCUGCGUCCUCCUGCUGAUCAGUAUCGUCCUUCUGAGCGGGCUCACCUGGCAGCGGAGAUGGAGGAAGAGUAGAAGAACAAUCUAGAAAACCAGGAGUGCUAAGAAGCCAAGAACACCUCAGAAAUCGCGGAGCACAAGCAAAAUCAAAGAAGUUGAACACUCACCCAAGACGCAUCUCCUGUGAGAUCUCCUGGGCUUUGGAAAACUCGGAAGCCACAUGCCAGAGCCCCAGGCACCUGCAACCUCAUUACAAAGCCAGCUCUCUAGUGCCAAUGAGUGAACUCGACCUGCUUCUGGGCAGCAAUUCUAAGGUCAUUGGAGGAACAGGGAGGGACAACCAGAACUCUAGGUCUUAUUUUCAUGUCUACAUGUUCAUUGAAGCUUGAGCACCAGGGGACUCUCUCCAUACCAUAUACAGGUUAAAGAAAAGUAGCUUCAUGUUCAUUUCAUCCAUACUUCCCAGUUUAGAAAUCCCAAGGAAAACCCUAGCAUAGAAUAUAAAUAGACAUACACACACACACACACACACACACACACACAUGCACACAUGCACACACACACACACACACACACACACACUCCUUACCCCAUGUAAUUGGACUCUCCAUUGAUUGAUGCAGAUCCCUGUCCCAGCUUCUGGGUGAUUAGCCCAUUCUCCUGGCCACAUUCCAUAAUGAACACCUUCCAAGAACUCUGAACCGGUAACUCUGAAUCUUUUUGUCCUUAGCUCUGUUCUCUAAGCUAGCCUCCUUCCACUGAACCUUCUUCAAUUGUGAAUUUCUAAACAGAAGCCAUGGCAUAGUAAUCUUUGGGUAACACCAACAGAGGGCAACCGAGCCCUUGGGAUCACGGAGCUUCUGUAUUUAAAAGGAUUUUACUGGAGGUGUGCUGGAAAAGAAGGGUAAUCUAAGUCCCAGGUGAUGAACUGUAUCCAUGGCAAAGCUCUACCUGAAUAUUACUAACACGCCCCUUUAAGAUUUAGUUUCUGUGGGAUUGUUAUAAAUGAUUCUCUGAAUUUGGUCUGCAUGAAUGUGAUGUUUAGAGACAGAUGCAUAAUGUGUGAAUGUCUACAUUUCCAAAUCAGUGUCAUAAAAACACUGACAAGGGAUUAAAACAUCCAAUGUUUAUGGGCGGAAGGAAAGAAGAAGGAAGUGCAAAGCAGGGAGGGAGAUCAUGCUGACAGAGUGUAACGUGGGAAAGGUCACCCCAGUUGUCCUCAAACUGUUAGCAAAUCAGUUAGCAAAUCAGAACCACCUGGAGGCCCUGUUGGACCACAGAAGGCCCAUGUCGGGUUUCUGAGGAGCAGGUCUGGGGCGGGGCCCAAAGCUGUCCUCUUCUGACAAGUUCCAGGUGCUGCUGCUGGUCUGGGGACCUCACUUUGAGAACCACCGGGUUAUAAAUCUCUAUGCCCACCCACUCUCAAAAAUCACAUGAUCAAGGAGAUUAAUGAAAGGUUAAUAAAGCAUCCAGUUUUCAUUUACGAAAGGCCAAAAAAGUGUUAUUUAAAAAUGUGGGCAGGCAUCAGCAAAUCCAUAGCCAGAUUACAGAACCAUUUUCUGCCCUUUCUAUGACUAACAAAAAUGAUCCAGAUUUCAGUGUCUACAUCCUCCCUUCCCCCAAGUACAUGUUUUCUGAGUUGAGAGAAAUCCCAGGCCAGAAAAAAACAAAAAUUUUUUUUAGUGUUAUUUAUCUUGAGUAAAAUUGAAUUAUCAUUACUCAUUUUGGGGAGGGAGAUCUAGGAGAUCAAUUUUUUUUAUAAUAAUUAACAUGUUAUUUACCUUUUUCAUGCUCAUUCUCUUAUAAGUGUAUGGUGGAGUUUUCCAGAAACUACAUGAUAUGUGAUGAUGUCAUUGCUCUGAUGUUGACAUAUAAUGAACUUAUUACUAUUGUUUAUAAGAGAACCAAUAAAUAAUAUCUUUUAAAUUUAAUUGUUUUAGUGUCUAAAUAUGGUAUCACUAGCUAUAACGACAUGGGUUAAAGCUCUUUGGGCCUCAAUGUUUUUUAAUAACAUACAAAGGUCCUGACAAAUAGUUAGCAAGUGCAUCAUCAUUGGUCAUUCCAUUAAGGCAAGUGAAAAUCACACUGAGAUACCACGUCAUGCCCACUAAGAUGACUUUAAGCAAAAAGAAUAACAAAUGUCGACAAGGAUGUGGAGAAACAGGAAUCCUCAUACUUGGCUGGCAGAAAUGUAAAAUGGUGCAGCCACUGUGGAAAAGCAGAUUGGUAGUUCCUCAAAACUUUUUAUUUUAUUUUAUUUUUUAUUUUUGAAAAUUUACUUCCAAAUUAGUUAGGUAGUUCAAAACUUUUAACAUACGGUUACCACAUGACCCAGCAAUUCUACUCCUGGGCAGAUACCCACAAGAGAUGGAAACCUAUGUCCACGCAGAAAUUUGUACGUGACUAUUUAUAACAGCAUGAUAACCAAAUAGCCAAGAGGUGGAAACAACCCAAGUGCCCACCAAUAA